UUGCUACCCGCUGAGCCCUGGUUGGGGAAGGAGCUGGCGGAAACGACUGAUCCCGGUCGACUAAACGCCAAAGCUGGCAAUAUAAAUGGCGCAUUAGGGCUGCUAUCGGAAGGGACUCUCUAAACCAAUGUUCGUGACUCGGGCGCUUUUGGAGAAUGCGUUGGCAACACCCUCCGUAACAUGUGAGAUGUAUACAGAAAGGUAUUAACUGUGCGUUAUUUCGGCUAACUAGCUAGCAGCUACCCCUUCUCUGUAUCCAAUUUAUGGUAGCUCGCUUGAUCUGUUUUCUGAACCGUCGCUUGUGUACCGGAGAAAUGAAGAAGUUUAAUAUUCGGAAGGUGCUGGACGGCUUGACAGCGGCUUCUUCCUCCUCCUCCGCAACUGCUCAGCCGGGUACUCCCAGGGAAAACGAUGUUGUCCAGGAGACUUUACAGUCGGAGCAUUUUCAGCUUUGCAAGACUGUGCGUCAUGGCUUUCCAUAUCAACCAUCCUCAAUGGCUUUUGACCCCGUACAGAAAAUCUUGGCCAUUGGGACUCAGACUGGAGCUUUGAGGCUCUUUGGCCGUGCAGGGGUGGAGUGCUACUGUCAGCACGAGAGCAACGCUGCUGUCAUCCAGCUCCAGUUCCUGAUCAACGAGGGGGCGCUGGUGAGUGCCUUAGCUGAUGACAGCAUCCACCUGUGGAACCUGAGGCAAAAAAUCCCUGCUAUCCUGCAUUCGCUCAAGUUUAACAGGGAGAGAAUCACAUACUGCCACCUGCCCUUCCAGAGCAAAUGGCUGUACAUCGGCACAGAAAGAGGAAACAUCCACAUUGUCAACGUGGAGUCCUUCACUCUCUCAGGCUACGUUAUUAUGUGGAACAAAGCCAUCGAACUAUCUACCAAGACACACCCAGGGCCUGUUGUGCACAUCAGUGAUAACCCCAUGGAUGAGGGCAAGCUUCUGAUUGGAUUUGAGUCUGGGAUAGUAGUGCUGUGGGAUUUGAAGUCCAAAAAAGCUGACUACCGCUACAAUUAUGAUGAGGCAAUCCACUCAGUCGCCUGGCACCAUGAGGGCAAACAGUUUGUUUGCAGCCACUCCGAUGGCACUUUGACCACGUGGAAUGUACGAACCCCAGCCAAGCCCGCACAGAUCAUCACACCACAUGGAAAGCAGCCUAAGGAUGGAAAAAAGCCAGAACCAUGCAAGCCUAUCCUGAAAGUGGAAUACAAAACAACAAGGGCUGGGGACCCAUUCAUGGUGCUGUCUGGAGGUCUGUCUUACGAUACAGUGGGGAGGAGAGCCUGUCUUACUGUGAUGCACGGAAAGAGCACUGCUGUUCUGGAGAUGGACUACCCGAUUGUGGAUUUCCUUACACUGUGUGAAACUCCAUAUCCAAAUGACUUUCAGGAGCCUUAUGCUGUGGUGGUCCUUCUUGAGAAAGAUUUAGUUGUAAUAGACCUCGGACAGAUUGGGUAUCCCAUAUUUGAAAACCCUUAUCCUCUGACUAUCCACGAGUCACCGGUGACCUGCUGUGAGUAUUUUGCUGACUGUCCUGCUGAACUUAUUCCUGCACUUUACUCUGUCGGCUGUCGGCAAAAGAGGCAAGGUUACAGUAAGAAGGAAUGGCCCGUUAGUGGGGGAAACUGGGGCCAAGGCACACAGAGUUACCCUGAGAUGAUAAUCACAGGACAUGCUGAUGGGUCAAUCAAAUUUUGGGAUGCUUCUGCACUAAUGCUUCAAGUGCUGUACAAGCUGAAGACUGCCAAGGUGUUUGAGAGGGCUCGUGGAAAGGAGGAGAAGCCAAACACAGAUAUAGUAGAUGAGGACCCAUUUGCCAUCCAGACCUUGUCUUGGUGUCCCGAGAGCCGGAUGCUGUGCGUGGCUGGAGUAUCUGCUCAUGUUAUUGUCUAUAGGUUCAGCAAACAAGAAAUUACCGCUGAAGUUGUUCAGCUCUUGGAGGUGCGAAUGCAGUGUGAGUUUAGCGACGUGGACUCUCCUGACCCAGGAGGAGAGCAGACCCCCACCCUGCCAACCCCGGGAGCUUCCUCCAGCCCUCAGGAGAGUGAGCUUCCCACUCAGCCAUCAACAGGGAGCAACUCCUCUGACGGCCCCCGAGACAAUAUACCGUGUCUACAGGUGCGGAGCUCCCCACUGAAGCAGUCUCCGGGCUACCAGGUGGAACUGGUGAUCCAGCUGGUGUGGGUGAGUGGGGAGCCACCUCAGCAGAUCACCAGCCUGGCAAUCAAUUCUUCCUAUGGCCUUGUGGUGUUUGGAAACAGUAACGGUCUGGCUGUGGUGGACUACCUCCAGAAAAACCUGCUUUUCAAUAUGGGCACAUCAGAGCUGUACAGCCCAUCUGACCCCUAUCAGAGGCAGCCUCGCUCCCCACGUAAAGCAAAGCCUUCCGGAGCGAUUUGUGAUUCCAACGAUGGGUCCAAUGCCUCAGAGGACCGCUGCAGAUCACCUACUUCAGGCUCUACCUCACCCUGCAAUUCAGAUGAUGACAAAAAGCAGAAGUUCAUAGAGAAGGUGAAGUUGAAAAGCAGGCGCUUUUCCAAGACGGUUGCCAAUGACUUUGCCAAGAUGUCACGGAAAAUUAGCUCGUCUAGUGAGCAAAAGACUGACCUGGAUGCCCGGGAUAACUCAUUCACCCGCUCACGCAGUUCAAGUGUAGCCAGCAUAGACCGAGAAUCUCGAGAGGCCAUCUCAUCCUUUUACUUCUGUGAGAGUUUUCCAAGGAAGACAGACAGCCUGGUCAGCCCCUGUCUGCUGGUGGGGACCACCCACGGCUCGGUGAUGAUGGUGGCCCUCAACCUGCCACCCAGUGGAGACCAGAGGUUACAGCAGCCAGUUGGCAUUGCAUCUUGCGGCACCCUGGUCAAGCUCAAAGGAGGCAUUUUAACUAUGGCCCUGCUGGACGCAACUGGAACUCUGCUGCCCCCUUUCUUUGAGCAGUGGUAUGACCCAAAUGCUUCAGAUGAAGAAAAAGAGAAGGGUCGGAAGCGCAGGCCAGCCUCUCCUCCCCCGUCACAGGAGAGCCAGGAUACUCACUUUGCCAUACUGUGUUCGGAGAAACAGGCCAAGGUGGUGGCCCUGCCCUCCCAAACCCGCAUCUACAAACACAGCAUCACAGAGACCUCCUUCGUGCUGAGGGCUGAUGUUGUGCAGAUGGCUGGGGCUAACUGCAUCGCCUGUUUCUGUGCUAAUGGGCAUAUAAUGACUCUGAGUUUACCCAGUCUACGGCCUCUUCUGGAUGUCAACUACCUGCCGCUCACAGACAUGCGGAUAGCAAGAACAUUCUGCUUCUCCAACCUGGGUCAGGCUUUGUACCUCACCUCCCCUACUGAGAUCCAGAGGAUCACCUACAGCCAGGAGACCUGUGACAACUUGCAGGAGAUGCUCAGUGAGUUAUUUACCCCAGUGGAGACACCAGAGGCUCCAAACAGAGGUUUCUUCAAAGGCCUUUUUGGGGGAGGAGCUCAGUCUCUGGACAGGGAGGACCUCUUUGGAGAAACAGCUGCAGGUAAGGCGUCUCGUAGCCUGGCGCAGCACAUCCCUGGCCCAGGCAACAUGGAAGGCAUGAAGGGGGCCGCAUCGGGAGUUGUGGGAGAGCUUGCCCGUGCCAGAAUAGCUCUGGAUGAGAGAGGGCAGAAGCUGGGCGAGCUGGAGGAGAGAACAGCAGCCAUGAUGGCCAGCGCAGAGUCCUUUUCCAAACAUGCGCAUGAUAUGAUGCUGAAAUACAAAGAUAAAAAGUGGUACCAGCUCUGAUGGCAGCGUGUGGCGCAUCAGACUCUGUAAUUUCACACACCAGUAUCUCUGAGGAGCUGCAGGUCCCUCUACUUCUCUUCUCUAUUUCUCUCCACGGGGGAGUUAUGCGCAAAAGAAUUUUGCUUUUUUUUUCUUUUUCCCUCAGCGUAAUAUUAUCCCUCUGCAUUACCUCAGUCACCCGAGGACCUCUGCAGAGCAGACACUGUCCAGUGCAAUGCAAUGAGGAUGGAAAGAGGAAAGAAAUGGAAGAAGAGAAGCUCUUAGGAGACUCUCAUUCCAUUUUCACCUGAGAGUGAUGACGUUCAUUUAACAUCGGUCCACACAGUAGGAGAACAGGGGACCUUUCAUAUAUCCAUCAGGCAUAUAUAAAAAGAUAUAAACUGCUGUUCUUUUAGCCUGACUGCAUUUGGUCAUUCUCUGCCCUUUAUGGUGUCUGCCAAACACAGUGGACUUAAAUGAGGAGGAAAGUCUGAUGACCCCUUGUCCUUCAAUUCUAAUCAACUCGAUGAACGUGCAAGUUUCUGUAGUAAUGAUUAAAUCACUGAAGGACUUGUUUGUUUUUCUGUCUAAAUUAUUUUUGGAGUUUGUCUUUUUGCAUCUGUAAGUAUGGCUUAUCCUUCCUUUUUUUAAUAUAUUGUUUUUGUCUAGAAAGGGCCUUUAAAGUGGUUAGAAGCGUAAAUAAAUGGGCAGGGAGAUUCUGAAUCUAUUGCCUCUCACCAAAUAAGGGCUGGUAGUACACUAGUUCAUCACCGACCAUACCUUUUUACAGCUUUUACCAAGCAAAUGGGUUUUGGGUGAGAAAGACGAAUGGUGAAUUUAUGGAAUCACUCUGUUUUAUUUUUAAAUGUAAUUAUUUAUGGGAAGCGAAUAAUAGUUGGGGAUUAAAUGAAGCUGGGCAUUAAGUUUUAUUUUGUUUCUUCUAUUAAAUGCGAAAAAGAAAGUGCUGAAAAUGUUUACCCCAAUGACGAGUUUACAUUAAAUACAUUGACAAUUGAUAAGAGUGGAUACACUGGAAAAUCCCUGAAGAGCUUAUUCUCUUCAGGCUUUCAGGGGGCUAUAGCAAAGUCAUGUAUGAGAAGGAUGAUGUGUUGAUGGGCAAGGCUAAGAUUGCCCUUAAUAUAAUUACAUAUAUAUAUAUAUAUUUUGGUUACAAAUUUACGUUUUACCUGUCUUAAAGAUGUAUCUAUAUAUGAUCAUUCAAAUUUUUAUUGGCAUACAUUUGUAGCUGAAUUUUUUUUCUUUCUUUUUUUCCAGUCUUGUUUCUCAAUGUGUAGGAAAAAAGCAUGUGUCUCUUACAGCACAAUGGAAGUGAUAACGCUGUGUUUGUAUCUGUAGCUGCCAGUAGAAAUGACCAAGUACACAUACGUGUUCCACGCAGUGCCGUUGGUCAUCUCUCUCUGAACCAUUAACUUAAAAAAACUGUUUCUGCCUUUGCCUCAUGACGCAUAUAUGCUAACCUCUACCUACGUGUAUAUCUGUGUCUUUGUAAACAUACAUAUAUUCAGGAAUAUGUGUAUGGGCGCCAAUGUCUAUAUAACAAUAUAUUGACCUAUGUAUUACAAUAGGUCUUUUGAGGUUUUUGUUUUUGCUUGACAGUGUUUUUCAAUGUGAUUAACCAGAAUCCUAUUGUAAUUAGAUUAGAUUUCUUUUUCAUGAGGUGUGAGGAUAUGCUGCUAUUUGUGUCAAUAUAGGAGCAUUAUCUGUCGGGCUUUUAUUUUGAAAAGAGGGGACAAGACUUUGUCAGUUCAGUUUGCUGCCAAAUGUUGUAUAUAGCGCAACAGCUGGACACAAAUCUGACAGUGCGGGUUCAGGUAAUGUGACAUACCGUAUGCUUGCGGCCAUGUUUUUUUUCUGACACCAAAGAGUUUCUUAAUUUCACAAAGUUGUCUUGAUUCAUUUUUCCCCAGGCGUUAAGAGUCAGUCAGGAUAGUUUGAUGACACUCUUAAGAAAUCUUCUGUGUGUGAGGGGGCGGGGUUUAGGGAGGAGAUUGGCUUUGCUUCGUCUUAUGGGCAUGAAACCUUCAUUACUGCCCCAAACUGCUGGACACGUGUAAAGUAAACGCGAGGAGUUUCAUUCCAAAAUAGGAUAUCCAGCAAUGGAAAUGGAAAUUGACUGAACACUUGAUCCUAGAAACUGCUAGGAGGUUUGAAACCUCUUUUUAUUCCGGUGUAUUAUAUCACUGAAAUAAAGAAAACGUACCUAGAAAACAUUGGAUGAGCAGUUGCAAUAUGGAGAUACGGCAUUUUCGAAUAAAACCCUUCACUUUUAGAUGGCUGAUUUUAAAUCUACUGUAUACUAAUGAGAUAAACCCAUUUGGAAGAGCAGUUUUGUGGGUUUUGCACUAUUUUUUGUACUUCAAAUGAUUUUGUUAGUAUGAUUUUUAAAGUGUUGAUUCCUCUGUCCCAUUUUCUUAUGUUUCAAAGGACCAAAACAUGACAGAACCUAUGCUUAUUUAUGUCAUUUGCCAAUUAUGCUGAUUUCUUCACUCUCAGAUUUGUUUUCCAUGUCAACAUUAAUGUCCAAGCUAUGGCCGUGCAUAAAUAUCCAUCACCCAGACAUGACAAUGAACGUUUUCUGGUAUAUAUUUAACAUGCUCAUCUCAGAUUUAAGCUUUUCUCCUGCAGAACGAACCAUCCUCCUUUGAGUGGGCCGCUGAGUCUUUUUACAAAGUGUGGCCUCAACUUUAAAGUGCUUCAGUUUGCAACAUAUAUGUCCUAAAUGGUCUCUUAUUGCACAUUGAAGGAUGCAUGAUAUUAAGUGUUUACAAACUUGAAACAACCAUGUAUUAUCCCCUCUUAGAGAUUGUCUGUUCUAGCAUUUGUAUUAACCACCAUGCUGAACAAAACUGAAGUUCUCUUCACACAUCCGGAGCGCGUCCCAUUUUCUUUUGAUCAUGCCAAUUGUACACAUGCGAGAGAUUAUAUUUAUUUUUUAUUGGUACAUCUGUUAAUGUUGCUGUUUGCUUCAUGAAAACUCUUGCUCUCCCUGCGCUGUAAAAAUGCAUUGAAGUUGGAAGCUAGGCUCACAGCACCGUGCAGGAGAGCUCGAGGGUUUCUCACUCGCCAUACUUCCAUCCGUCUGUCUUCUGGGAUGAAUAUCUGUGGAGUUGCAGUAUUUUCUCAUAGUAGGCAAUUUUUGUACAGUUUUAUUAAAAUAAAUUUCACAUGGAUGUCUGACUUUAUCUGCUGCCACAAUUUAGACUGUAGAUACAGUAUAUAUAGAUAUUAUUGUGCAAUGGAAAAUAAAUGUAAA